AAGGCCAAUUCAUUCGUUUUCCUCAAUCGGAAGUAAUGGGUUGGACAAGUGCUUUCAUUGUUGCAAUAUUGCUUGUUUUGCUGGAAGAAUCACAAGCAGCUUGUGAUAAAGACCACCGACAGGCGUGCGUUGAUUGUUCAUCGUUUGUUCUGUGUUCUGUAAAUGGGAACCCGGUAGCCGGAUCGGAGAAGCGUUGUGAUGCGCUUGAUAAAACGACGCCGUACUGCAAAGACAAUGUUGGAGUUUGCACCGAUAAACCUUGUAAUGGAGAAGCCAGCGAGCUGUGUCCUGAAGAAGGAUUUUUCCCACAACCCUCAAACUGCCGUCAAUAUAUCUACUGUGACAAAGAGAGACAUGCCCAAAUUUUGAACUGUCCUCUCAGAUGGGUUUACAAUCAUUCAUCCGGAGAUUGUGUUCCGCCACGGACCUCUAGGGAUUGUUUCCAGCUGAACUGCGUCGCUGGUAGAAAUCGCUACUGGACAUACACUCCAGCGGCCAAUCUAUAUAUUUACUGCGCCCCCAAUGGUCCAAUGACACUCAAGUGUCCAGGAGAAAAUGAGGGAUUUAACGCAAAGCUUAUACGUUGCGAGUUCCUGUGUCCCCGAGUGGGCAGAUUUGUAUUUCCAGGCGAUCCCGACAAAUACUACAGCUGCCAAAAUGAACGUGGAAAGCUGACGGCAACUGUUCUGAAAUGUAUCGAAGGGUAUACGUUUAAAAAGGAUGUCGAAAGAUGUGUUUCUAAACCUACACCGCCCCUUACGCCGGAAGCGCCUCCGGAAGCGUCGCCGGAAGCUUCACCAGAAGCGUCGCCGGAAGCGUCACCAGAAGCGUCACCAGAAGCAUCGCCGGGAGCACCGCCGGAAGCGUCUCCGGAAGCGUCGCCGGAAGCGUCGCCGGAAGCGUCGCCGGAAGCGUCGCCGGAAGCGUCGCCGGAAGCAGCGCCGGAAGCAGCGCCGGAAGCAGCGCCGGAAGCAGCGCCGGAAGCAGCGCCGGAAGCAGCGCCGGAAGCAGAGCCGGAAGCAGCGCCGGAAGCAGCGCCGGGAGCAGCGCCGGAAGCAGCGCCGGAAGCAGAGCCGGAAGCAGCGCCGGAAGCAGCGCCGGGAGCAGCGCCGGAAGCAGCGCCGGAAACGUCGCCAGAAGCGUCGCCGGAAGCGUCGCCGGGAGGGACGCCGGAAGUAUCAUAGGAAAUGACGCAAACAUCAACGCCAAACACACCAGAAAUAGAGCCAACAUCUACGCAGGAAACGACAUCAACAUCGAAACGUCGUCUUCGGAAAUGAACAUCGAUUGAAAAUAUUUUUAUUUGAUUACUUUUUGUUGACUAUCUUAAGGUCAUAUCGAUGAAACUUUUAUUUUGUGAGACGAAAGAAUAAUUCAUUAAGGCCAGGGGCAGUCCUAGACCUGGCUCUUGGGGGGAGGGGGGGAU